AUGGUUGUCCUGAGGAUAAGAAAUGUGCACAAAAGAAAAUAUGCUCUUAUCAGCCUGUGCAUUGUUGGCUUCAUCAUGUACAGAUAUCUCAGCAUGCCAGCAGGGGGACGUAGGCUGAGCAGGAAGGUGGGCCUGAGUGCAAACUCAUCGCAGUUCACUCUGGAGGGAGAACCCUUCAGGAUCCUCGGUGGGUCGGUCCAUUAUUUCCGCGUGCCGAGGGCCUACUGGAGGGACCGGUUGAUGAAGAUGAAGGCUUGUGGACUCAACACCCUCACUACGUAUGUGCCGUGGAGUCUGCACCAGCCAGAGAGAGGGGUCUUCAACUUCCACACGCAGCUGGAUUUAGAAGCCUUUCUCAAUCUUGCUGCUGAAUUGGGACUUUGGGUGAUUUUGCGCCCUGGGCCGUACAUUUCCUCUGAACUGGACCUCGGUGGACUGCCGAGCUGGCUCCUCGGAGACAGCAGCAUGAGACUGAGGACGACUCAUCCAGGAUUUACUGAGGCUGUCAACACUUUCUUUGACAAACUUAUACCACAAGUGGUUCCACUGCAGUUCAAGAAAGGAGGUCCCGUUAUUGCAGUGCAGGUUGAAAAUGAUUACGGAUCCUAUGCAAAGGAUGAAGGUUACAUGCUUUUCAUUAAAGAGGCUUUGCAGUCCAGAGGGAUCUGUGAGCUCUUGUUCACAUCAGACAACCACAACACGUUAAAGUCAGGAGGUGUGGAUGGAGCGAUCAGAUCUGUGAAGCUACAGAAGCUGAAUCAGAGAGACCUCCAGGAUCUGAAUGCUCUCCAGCCUAACAGCCCCACCAUGGUGUUGGACUACUGGACAGGAUGGUAUGACGUGUGGGGUGAGCUCCACCACGUGCUGCCCCCUGAAGACAUGGUGUCCACAGUGAGAAAAAUCCUGAGGCAUGGCAUGUCGGUGAAUCUUUACAUGUUCCACGGAGGCUCCAGUUUCGGCUUCAUGAGUGGAGCGCUGUCUGACCCUUCAUACAGAGCUUUGGUCCCCAGCUACGACUACGAUGCCCCCUUGACUGAAGCUGGGGAGUACACGCCAAAGUAUCACCUCCUGAGGGAUUUACUUUCUCGAUACAACAAAGGGGACAGCUUCCCUGACAUGCUGGCCCUUCACUACAGGGAGUCUUAUGAACCAGCCAUCAUGUACCAACACCUGUCGUUAUGGGACGCUCUGAGCUUCACUGAGGGACCGUUUAAGUCGGCUGAGCCAGUGAGCAUGGAGAAUCUACCUGUGAACAACGGGAACGGACAGUCUUAUGGAUACACGCUGUAUGAGACCACCAUCACCAGCGGAGGAAAGUUAAAGUCAAAAGACAACGUCAGAGACCGAGCCUUGGUGUUUGUAGACAGAAGCUACAUCGGACUCUUCAAGCGUAAAAACCUAGAGCUGGCGGUUCCUGAUGGUAAGGGACGGCGCACUUUGAGUUUAUUGGUGGAAAACUGUGGACGAGCUCACCAGGGACGAGACCUUGACAAACAACACAAAGGCCUUGUGGGAGACAUUUUAUUAAACAAUAUCCCCUUGCGGGAUUUUACAAUAUACAGCCUGGAUAUGAAACCCAGCUUUAUUGAUAGUCUCUAUCAGGCACCUUGGAAAACGCCUCCUGAAAUUCCCAGCUUCCCUGGAUUCUUUAUAGGGAGGCUGUUUGCGUACGGAUAUCCGAGUGACACAUUUGUAAAGCUGCCGGGCUGGGCAAAAGGUGUUGUGUUUAUCAAUGGGCUGAACCUUGGUCGUUACUGGUCAAUCGGCCCUCAGCAGGCGCUCUACCUCCCCGGUCCCUUCCUCAACAGCGGAAUAAAUCAGGUCGUUGUGUUUGAGGAGCAGGAGGGUGACUACAAGGUUCACUUUGAGGACACACCUGACCUCGGCAUGGCAGCAGACAUCCAGUGA